ACAGCCAGUCGUCCAAUGAGAGUUGAGGAUGAUGCGACAUGCCAUCGCACUUCUCCGUCUGCUAGAAGCGUGAGGACCGUCUGGAGCGUAACGUGGGGCUGAGGAGUGAAAAUGGAUAGAAAAAAUGAAAAGAGUGAAGCCAAAGGGAAAGGAGGAAAUAAACCUCCUCAGUCCGACAAACCAGAGGGCUUUUUACAAGUAGAAAGAAUACCGAAUUUCAACCUCCUGCCCAAGAGCGUAAAGAGAAGAGUUUAUGCCCUAAAGAGGCUCCAGCUCCAGAGUGCCAACAUAGAGGCCAAGUUCUACGAAGAGGUCCAUGAGCUUGAGAGGAAGUAUGCUGGGCUUUACCAGCCUAUGUUUGACAAGAGACGGGAGAUUGUGACUGGUGCUGUCGAACCCACAGAUGAGGAAUGCGAGUGGCAAAGUGACAAGGAGGAAGAGGAGCUUGCUGCAGAUUUGCAGAAAAAAGCUGCUCUGGAGGAGAAGCAGGCCGAUUCAGCCAGCGCCGUCGAGCCGAAAGGAAUCCCGGAGUUCUGGCUCUCCAUCUUCAAACAUGUGGACAUGCUUGGAGAAAUGCUGCAGGAGCAUGAUGAGCCAAUCCUGAAACACUUGCAGGACAUCACUGUGAAAUUUUCUGAGCCUGGACAGCCAAUGAGUUUCACGUUAGAGUUCCACUUUGAGCCCAACAGCUUCUUCAGUAACUCGGUCCUCACUAAAGUCUACAAGAUGAAAUCAGAGCCGGACGCUGCAGAUCCGUUCUCUUUCGAGGGGCCGGAGAUCGUGGACUGUGAAGGUUGUAAGAUUGACUGGCAAAAAGGCAAAGAUGUGACCGUAAAAAUUGUUAAAAAGAAGCAGAAACACAAAGGAAGAGGGACCGUUCGGAUGGUCACCAAAGAGAUUCCACAAGAUUCAUUCUUCAACUUCUUCUCCCCGGUUAAAGCGACACCUGAUGGAAUGGAUGAAGACUUGGACUUCACUCUAGCUGCAGAUUUUGAGACCGGGCACUUCUUCCGGGAGAGGGUCAUUCCCAGAGCCGUGCUUUAUUUCACAGGAGAGGCCUUAGAAGACGACGAUAGUUUUGAAGAGGAGGAUCUUGAAGAGGGAGAGGAGGAGGACCUGGAUGAGGAAGGUGAAGAAGAGGAUGAGGGAGAUUUUAACACCACGGCAUAAUUCAUUUCUCACUUCAUGCAUUUCUAGAAAGACCCUCCUCCUGCAGAGUGCAAACAGCAGUAAGACUCGUGAACGGACAGCCACGGCACAACUCGGCUGUCCGUCGGACAAUUCGACGAUGUGGAUGCAGGCCUAAUUUCCUCGUGGACUCGCCACACUAAUGCAAUAGGAAACCAAACACUGUUUAGGAAAUGCAUGUUUGUUUAUUUCUCUACUGUGUACUUUUACACAAAUGACCUCCGUGUUCUCAUUCAUAA